AUGGCAUUGAGAAUUACUUUGUCUGGUAUUGCUAUCUUUGGAGCAGUCAUUGAUGCUAUACCAUCUAUCGCAUACCCGAUCAAUUCUCAGUUUCCUCCUAUCGCGCGCGUGUCAAUACCAUAUUCAUAUACAUUUCCUCAAUCAACAUUCACUUCUACGUCCCCUCUCAGCUACAGCUUAGCAGGCUCGCCUCAAUGGCUCUCCAUUGAUAGUACUUCUCGAACAUUAUCAGGCAUACCAUCUAGUAGUGAUACUGGCACUGGAACAGUUACGGAGGCUAUCUUUGGAGUGAUUGCAAGCGACUCCUCGGGAUCUGUGACGUCGAAUACUACUCUAGUAGUGUCCAAAAACUCACCACCGACAAUUAAAAUAUCAGCUCAAUCACAACUUGCUUCAGAAGGGCCUUUCUCAGCACCGUCAACAUUAUUAUACCAUCCUUCAUCAUCCUUCAAGAUCAGCUUCGAUCCAGCAACAUUCUCGAGUCCUAGUGGAACAGCUCUUAAAUACUACGCUUUAACAGUCGAUGAUACACCUCUGCCUUCAUGGGUUCUUUUCGAUGAGAGCACCCUAACUUUUAGCGGUCAAACACCAGAGUAUGCUUCUCUCAUACAACCACCACAGACUUUCGGAGUUCAGCUUAUUGCUUCGGAUGUAUCAGGAUACUCUGGAGCAUCUAUUCCUUUCAAUAUCAGAGUUGGGGUACAUCUCCUCGCACUUAGUACGGUAAACUCGGUUGUCAAUGCUACACCAGGAGUGGAGAUCAAUUACACAGGUCUACAAAACAGUCUUCAGCUUGAUGGACAGCCCGCCAAUGCUUCAAGCAUCGUCUCAGUUACUGCUCAAACGCCAGAAUGGCUCGCAUUCGAUAAUGCCACUCUUAGUCUGACUGGCACACCACCAUUUGACGCCAUUUCGUAUAAUGUCUCCAUACAGGCUGUAGAUAUAUAUGGGGAUCAAGUUAAUACUGUGGUAUUCAUCAAGAUAGCUACGGCGUUAUUCGUUGGUCCCAUAAAAGACGUGAAUGCAAGUAUCGGAUCGAAAUUCUCUUUUAGCCUUGGUGCAUAUAUUGGGAACAAUUACGAUACUACAUUGACAGCACAAGUAUCCCCACCAACGGAUUGGAUAUAUUUUGAUGCUCAUAGCUUCAAGAUUUCAGGAAAAGUGCCUACAUCUGCUAAACCUUCGAACAUCAAUAUUACACUUACAGCAACUUCCAAAACAUCAAAACGCUCUAGCUCUGAAUCUUUCAAUCUGGGCAUCCAAGCAUCAGACGGCUCCUCAUUCACAGAUAGUCCAUCAGCAUCGGGUACAUCUGCAAGAUCCGGUGUCAAUUCACCUGCGAGUGGAAAUUUGAGCAAAGGAGUAAUAGCAGCGAUUGUGGUUCCAGUGCUGAUUGUCUUUAUCGCACUCAUUCUUUGCCUUUGUUAUUACCGCAGAAAACGUUCUAGUUCCUCAUUACGUUCAGGUGGACCUUCCAAGGAAAACAUUUCAGGUCCCAUAAGAAGCACCUCUAGCAUAGAACGAGCAUAUUCUGCUAAAAAGAUCGCACCACUGCAACUCGAUACCUCUGGCUUCUCUAUCGAUGCUAGUUCUAGUGUUUACACAUCAACCACACCUAAUAUUGUGGUCCAUGACAAUCGCAAAUCUCUCCGACGCUCACAAACUUUGGCUCCAAAGUCGAAGUUUCGCGAAUCUCAAAGCUUUGGAAAUAGGGCUCGUGCAAAUUCGGAAAAUGCAUUAAGUAAAACUCCAAAUCGGGGUACAUGGAGGAAUACUCAAGAUACGGAUUAUACUUUGGAUAGUUCGAGAACAAAUAGUACUAAUAUACUGCAACGAACUUAUUCGAAUUACUCACGGAAAGGACAUACAAGACGAUCGCAAUAUGUUGUGGGUAAUGAUCCAAAGUUGAGGAAUAGUGAGAUGAGCCAUUUUGGCAAUCAAAGUCUCUUUGGAACCAACCCUUCUGAUGGUACGAUAUUGAACCUGACGGAUAGUAACUUUUCAUCCUCUCCUUUGGAUAACUUCUCUGUAUUAUCAGGAGAUUGGAGUAAAGCAACCCGAGCACCUCUCGCACCUCGACAAAACAAACAGAGCCAGAAUAACGAGAGAAAGCGAGCUCAUCGCAAAUCCACAACUCGAAAUCUCAAUUUUGCGUUGGCAGAAGGUGCGGAUAAACGGUUAAGUGGACUUGGCCACGGCGCUCGAGAAUCCAUAUCUUCAUUCGAUAUCUUGAAUACACCAGGUCGUAGAGGAAGUAUAGGACACGGUCAACAUCCUAGUCUCGCACGUAAUUCUUGCACGUGGAAAACGGUUCAUACUCUGGAUACGGAUGAUAAACAUCGUAGUGCAACAAGCGUAUACUCAACCACCUCCACUGAUCUUCUAAAAUUCGGACACGCAAUGAUAUCGCCGAGUGGUGGCAACGAAAUGCUAAGUAUAAAGCCCGUAUCUAAGAGUCCUCGGGCCCCAGCACCAAUCUGGGAGUCGGAAACUGGAGGAAAUAGUAGAUUGUCGUAUAGUAGUAUCAAUACACGACCUGUCUCUCGUCGCGGAGGCGCAUCUCCUUUCUUCAGCGGGGGAGGAAUGGCUUCCAUGCGUCGCAAGGCAAGAAGAAGUUAUGCGGAUUCGCCAACCGUGCCGGAGGAAGUACAGGUUGGCGAUGAAGUACAAGCUGCUGGGACGGGGAUCAAUAACGAUUCGCUAGGAAUAACAUAUCCGAAUGGAUAUUCGAGCGCAAAAGAAGGAACCAGACAGUUGAGAUCGUAUAUCCAGGCUACAUUUAGUAAAAGCAGAUUGAAGGGGAGUGAUAGUUUAGUUAGCUUGGAUAGUAGAUUCGAGAGUGUGAGUCCGAGUAUGCAGGAAUUACAAAUUCGUCAGGAGCAAGUGCCUACUUUGGGAAACUUUUCUCAGAGUCAGAGUAGACAUACACAGCUUCUGGAAAUAGAUAGAAGAGAACGAGAACGGGAACGGGAAAGAGAAAGAGAACCAAGUCAACAAACCACCGGAACCGAAAAUGGCAGCGACAUUCUCCUCAGCGAAUUCAGCGCCGGCAGCUGGGAAAGCAUGGGCGAAAGCACAGAUGUCGAUUUGCAACCAAAUUUCAUACGUCACGGGACUACCACGACGAUUCCUCAAAUCCCGCAACUUCCCCCUUUGGGCGCUAGUAUGAGUGGAUCUGGAAUCGGAGCAGCAGGUACAAGUACAAAUGCAAUGGAACAUGCAUCAAGAGGAAGAAGUUCUACACUUGCAAUCCCGCACUUCUCGCAUUUUUUGUCGAAUCCGUAUACGCCUGAUCUCGGAGAUUCUGCAGAUAGUAUGUGGAAUGAACAGAAUCGGAAUCGGAAUUCGUCGGUGCGUAGAUCUACGGAAAAGGAUUUAAAGGGAGAUGGGUAUUACACUUCGGUGUUGCAUCCUCACUCGACAUCGCAUUCGCAUUCGCAUUCACAUUCGCAUUCCAAUUCUAAAGACAAAAUCCCAGAAGAAAAUCCUCGCGCAGCACGCGAAGAAUCCCCCACGAUGGGAAGUCUGAUCGUGGGACCUAAUGCGCGGAUGGUGAAGGGCGCAGGACGUAGACCGGUCAGUGUAGAUGCGAGGGAGAAUAGGAGGAUUGGGAGUACGAAGGCGAGGAUUGGGAGGCAGGAGGAGGGGGUGGCGAGCGAAGGGGAUUUUAGCGCGUAUAUUUGA